UACUCCGACGGGUGUAUUGCAUCCCUCGGCGUAACUUAGCCUUUUUGUCGAACCCCUCCCCACCUUUGGCCUUCUUCAACCUCUCUACCCGAAGAUUUGCAGGUCGCCGGAACAGUUAGCUGCGCAGCGCACGACCGCGGCGUACUUUAGAGACCUCCACCAUCUUCGCUCUUUUUCCGCUCGAUCGUGUUCCAAAUCUCGCCAUGAAUCCGCAGCUAAGAAGUUCGGGAUCAUCAUCGCAAAGUCCUAGAUCUCCUCCAUCGCAACCGUUUCUGUCAGUCUCUGUCACCGAUCCUGCUAAGAUGGGCAAUGGCGUCCAAGCUUAUAUCUCCUACAAGGUCAUCACCAAGACAAAUUUACCUGAAUACCAAGGACCAGAGAAGAUUGUUAUUCGACGAUAUAGCGAUUUUGUUUGGUUGCGCGAUCGUCUUUUUGAUAAGUACAAGGGUAUAUUCAUUCCUCCUCUUCCAGAGAAGAGCACUGUAGAGAAGUUUAGAUUCAGUGCAGAAUUUAUUGAGAUGAGGCGGCAAGCACUGGAUGUAUUUGUUAACAGGAUAGCUUCACAUCAUGAGCUUCAGCAAAGUGAGGAUCUAAGAAUGUUUUUACAGGCAGAUGAACAGACAAUGGAAAGGGCCAGAUCUCAUGAGAUUGGUAUUUUUAAGAAGAAGCCAGCUGACUUGAUGCAAAUCUUCAAGGAUGUACAAUCUAAAGUGAGUGAUGUUGUCCUUGGAAAGGAAAAACCAGUUGAAGAAUCAGGUCCUGAAUAUGAGAAAAUGAAGCAUUAUGUCUUUGAGCUUGAAGAUCAUUUAGCUGAAGCGCAGAAGCAUGCAUAUCGUCUGGUAAAGAGGCACAGAGAAUUGGGGCAAUCACUGUCAGACUUUGGAAAAGCAAUCAAGCUUCUUGGUGCCUGUGAAGGAAAUGCUCUGGGGAAGGUGUUUUCUGAGCUUGGGGCAAAAUCAGAGAUUUUGUCAAUUAAGCUGCAAAAAGAGGCCCACAACCUUUUAAUGAAUUUUGAAGAGCCCUUAAAAGACUACGUUCGUGCUGUGCAAUCUAUCAAGGCAACAAUAGCAGAGAGAGCCAAUGCUUUCAAGCAGCAGUGUGAACUGGCUGAAACUGUCAAACUGAAGGAAAUAGAUCUAAACAAACUGAGGCUAACAAGAUCAGAAAAAUUGCCAGAAGCUGAGCGUGAUUAUGAAGUGCUGAAGGCAGACAGUGAGGAAGCAACUAGAAGAUUUGAGACGAUUGUGCGGCGAAUGAAUGAAGAGAUUGUGCGUUUCCAGGAACAGAAAACAGUCGAUAUGGGGCUUGCUUUUCACGAAUUUGCAAAGGGACAGGCACGUCUGGCAAAUGGCGUAGCUGAUGCCUGGCGAAGUGUCCUUCCAAAACUUGAGACUUGCUCUUCUUCUUAACUUGAAGACUUGCUUUCUUCUUAACAGCAAAGAAACCCAAAACCAGAAUGAAUCGCCUUUUCCCCUCAGGUUCUCUAACUGUUACAUGUAUAAAUCUAUGACAAACCAAAAAAUGAGUUCCAAUCUUGUUAAAAUAGCAAGUUUUCUGAGGAUGGAUCAUUUUUUGUUGGAAUUUGCUCUUCCCCUGCUUAUCCUGGGUUGCUGCUUCAUAUCUGAGUAAGGAAGCAUCAUUUGGAACAUUGCCACAUGCUUAGUUGUUGUCUCUUUGCUGGAUGACUAAUUGCAGCAGGAUGGUUGCUGGAUUUCUGUUCAGAACUUUGCCCCUGGCAGGCAAAAGUUGUAUAUGGCUGAAAAUGAGGUGACUUGAAAGGAUACAUUAAAGUUUGAACGUUUGUUUUGUUUCC